CUGGGCUGCGCGCCUCCGUUUCCAUACACCGCGUAAAUAUUUACGUAAACUUCAUAAACUUUUAAAAUCUCGCGAUUUUGUUUAAAAAAUCAGUGAAAGUGAUUUGGCAAUAAAAUAUCGGUAAAAUAUUGUAUUUGCAUUUGUUAUCACGCGAAAAAAAUAUUUUAAUCAGCUGUGUCAUUUGUUUAGAGAAACAUCGUUGUUACCGGUCAUCAAUUCUCAGGAACCUGUGGUCAGCGGUCUUCUUCUGUUGCAGUGUCAGCGGGUGGGCGCGCACGCAGUGGCGGCGGUGGCGGUGGCGCGGUGGUUGCGCGCGCGACUGUAAGCGCUCGCCGACGCCGGACCAUGCGCCUGGGGGCAGUGCGACCGCGCCGCGCCGCCAGACCGCGCGCACCAUGCUCAACAUGAAACUUAAAGAGCGCCUCGCGCUUGCCCUUAGCGCCUUCCUCGUCCUUUUUACGCUCAUGCUAAUUGUAGACCUGCAAAUGGACUAUGGCAUAUCAGGACAUAGAGUCCCGUUGCAUGGUCGAGUGAAAAUAGGCGAUGACACUGAUAAAGGACGAUCCGCGUACAUUGAGUUUCGGAAACGUUUUCUUCAGAAAAGUAAUGGCAGCAAUGGCUCAAGAGAAUACGAGCAAUCAGCUCCGAGUGAGACGAGUGGGAGCGAUGUUGAACUUCGUACUCCGGCCACGCCGGCGGAUCGUUUUGAAGACUUGCAAAGAAUACUUCUCCUACAAAUUCAAGGCAAAGCAGACGACAAUCCUGUUGUAGUACCUCCACAUCGCGAUUUAAAUGUUUUAAGACCCGAAAAUCCAACUAUUGGAGAAAUGGAAGAUUUGGAACCCAGCGUAAAUGCAUCGAAUUUAGAAAAAUUCCAGCUAAAAAUUGCACAACAUGAACUUUAUGAAGAUGGAGAGCCACUGGUUGGCGCUGUACUUCAGGACAUGGCUACAAUCCCAAUAUUGCAUGUUGAACAAAAAGAAGGUGGAACACAAUUAAAGCUUAUAAUAGACUACCCCAACGGUGUCCAGGCUUUAUUCAAACCAAUGAGAUUCGCGCGGGACGUCCAAACAUUGCCCAACCACUUCUACUUCUCGGACUACGAGCGCCAUAACGCCGAAAUUGCAGCUUUUCAUCUCGACCGGAUACUCGGCUUCCGACGAGCAAUGCCAGUCGUGGGCCGAGUGCUCAACAUGACCACUGAGAUCUAUGACGUCACUGAGGGGGACAUCCUAAAGACAUUCUUCGUGUCACCUGCAAAUAACUUUUGUUUCCACGGCAAGUGUUCUUACUACUGUGAUACGGGACAUGCUAUCUGCGGCAAUCCUGACAUGCUGGAAGGAAGUUUCGCCGCUUUCCUGCCGACUGCGGAUUUAGCCGAACGAAAGGUUUGGAGGCAUCCGUGGAGAAGAUCGUACCAUAAGCGUCGAAAAGCUCAAUGGGAAUUACAAUCUGAUUACUGUGAUACGGUGCGCACGACCCCGCCGUACGACUCUGGGCGUCGUCUUCUGGAUUUGAUGGAUAUGUCCAUAUUCGAUUUCCUUACUGGCAACAUGGAUAGGCACCACUACGAGACUUUCAAAAUGUUCGGUAAUGAAACUUUCACACUGCACCUGGAUCAGGGUCGCGCGUUUGGGAAAGCCUUUCACGACGAGCUGAGUAUCCUGGCGCCGUUGUUGCAGUGUUGCCUUGUCCGGCACACAACGCUCGCUACACUGCUUAAGUACCACAAUGGCGUUCCUCUAUCAACAGUUCUUCGGGAAUCUUUAAAAGCUGAUCCAGUGGCUCCUAUUUUAUGGGAGCCUCAUCUAACAGCUUUAGAUCGACGUAUAGUUACAGUUCUGGACGCAAUCAGAAAGUGUACAGACAAAUUAGAAAAUCCAAUACUGAAUGAAGUGAACGAUUUUGUAUGACCAUAGCCAGUUAAAUUAAUGUGAUGGAACCAUUAAGGAAUCAGUAUGAAGACAGUGAUAGCUGUGUGAUAUGCAAUGUUACUAAGUGCGGUGUUAGGGAAGGUGCAAUUGAUAAAAAUGACUCACUAGUCGAACUCUCGUAUUCCUGAUUUAGAUAUAGAAAGAUUUCAAACGCAAACGCAGGUCUUUGGUUCAGAAAGGCUAUUAGAAUUAAGAUUUUGUGCCAAAGAUAGUCCAAAUGAAAUCUUGAAAUUUAUAAUUCAGCAUAAUCUUUUAACCAUUCCACUGAUUAAAGAGCCAUGUUACAUACCAAAAAUUGAAAAAAAAAGUGUAAAACGAUCCGUUUGUACAAAUCUAUUAGACUGUCAAUAGUUUGUGUAAACAUGUGUUUGGUAUAUUAGCUUAGUUAUUAUUUUAUUUUUUUGUAUAUUUUGAAAGUUUUAAGUCUGAAACAUACCUAUAUUAAGUGCAAACGACUUUACAUAAUAAGUGAAAUGCAAACUAGCCGCUACUUUUAAGAUAACUCAAUUUUUCGUUGUGAAUCUGUUACCAUAGCUCAAAGCUCAAUAAGACAUAUCGUACUGCGAUUCUUCUGCAUGUGAUAUUUAUAUAUAAUAAUAUAUGUGUUUUUAUGAUAUCCCUGUUGCUAUAUUUCUCGUUACUUUAAAAAAAAUGAUAAUGCAAUUUUUUCUUAUAUAUUGUAGGGUGAAAAUAUAUAUAAGGUUAAGUUACUUGCGCUGCGUUUAUUGCGUUUUAAUUUUUAAUAAAUAAAUGUUAAAUUUUAGCUGUAUGUGUAAUUUUAAAUUAUUUAUCGAAGUAUUUGUCGGCGGUAGUUAAAAUGCAAUUUACGUUAAUUAUUCUGGGAUAUUUAUUUAGUUGUUAUCUAUGUUAUACUUUAAUGCAAACAAACUUUACAAUGCAAUAGUUUUAAAGCAAACGCUUUCGAUAAAUUUUAAUCAAUUUGGAAAAAUAUAUACGAUAUAGACCUUUUAUUAUAUAUAAGGUGUGUUCAAGUAGCAUUCUUAUAAUAUAUAAAAAUAAUUAUUAUUCCUACUUAAAGUUAUAAUUUGAAUAAACUUAGAAAUGGCAGUGUCAGUUAAUAUGAGGCUUUAUGUGAAACGCAGGUGAAAUAAACAACUUGCCAAAGAUGUACCUACAUACAUACAUGAAUGUGUUUAAACGUUGUAUGACGCUACUGUAAUGAGUGUCUGUUGAUUGUUAAUAAACUUUUAAAAAGUA